AUGAGUUGUGACGCUGCAUUUGCUUUAGGGAUUACCUGUGUGGCUUUGUGUUUAAUAGCAGCUGCUGCUUUGUUUAUUCUUAAAUCAGAGAAAAUUACAACAAAUAAACGAAUGAGAAACCUUGAAAAUUCAAACCUACAAGUUUUAAUAUUUUUAAAUCAAAACCAAAGUCCUCGAGAUUCGAAUUAUAGACCUGAUGAUGCUGCUACUACUACUACAGAUACUUCAAACACAAACUCACAUGAUUGCAAUUCAGAUAAUACAGUUGUUGAUGGAGUUACAAAAGUGGCUGAAAUCUCCAAUACAAAGAAAUCAUGGUUUAAAAAAAGGAUUAGUAAACGAACACUAACUUUUACCUUAUCAAACAACACCUACAAGAAUCAUGAACUAAUCAAGGACAUAAAAAACAGAUUUCCGGAACUUGCCGAGCAAUACAGAGAGAUUCAGAUUGCUUGCAUUAUCGCUAUAUUCAUUUUUGUAAUCGGCAUUAAUUUAGGUGUAAUUUCUGGUUGCUUAUGUUAUACAGGGAAAUGUUUAAAUUAG